CUAGUAUUGCACUGAAAUGACCAUUCCUGGUUUUUCUUCUUCAGCCACACAACGCGCAGUUGGAACAGGUCUCAUCGCUUGGUCGUUGACGUUAGGUUGGCGUUUUCUCAACCUUCCAUUGUAGGCUUGUACAGCCCUGCACACCUUCAAGGUUCUCCCGCGCAAGCCCCACCUCUAGCCAAGCCAAGCGCAACACCUGCAAGCUCAACCUCUCUCACGACAUCAGAACAGUUCAGUUCUCCCACCCUUCCAGCAAUACUCAGUUCUCUGCGCUCUACGCACCGCGCAAUUGUUUCCCAAUUAGUCGUAUCGCAUCACAUCGCAUUGCGUAUGGUAGUUCGCAGCUACUCGUGCAUUCCCUCUACCCACUCCCACUCCCACUCCCGCAGACAACUGCAACUAAACUGCCUUGGCCUCCUGGGAACUGUACUGUACGGUAUCUGUACAUCAUCAUCGGCACCAAUAGCAGCAGCCAGCGCACACUACCAGCCUGGCCUGCCUGGUCUUCGGCCCAAUUCCUCCGUAUAAGCACUUCCCGAGGAGGCGACUCCGCGACUCCCCUCCUGUCCCGAUCCAACCACUACAACUGAUAUACGCUACCUUGACUUGACCACCACGACGCUGUCGACGCCGACUCCUAUUUAGACUGAACCCAACCACCGACCGCGACCUGCGACCGACCAAGUUUCGUCACACUCGCAACCAGCUUCCGCUACACCAAACGACUGUGCCAAAAAUUGACAUCUCCAUCUCAUCUAUGACAUCGGACCUUGCGCAAGACGAACGACGAAGCGCGACGAGGAGAUGCUGCACAAUUCGUUGACCCCGCCUUACGAUGACUCGGCCACGGGCACAUCCUUCGAAAUGGACCAUGGCGUGAGAGUUGGACCUGAUCCCACCACCCCAAGCACUCCGAGCCCUGCCCUGCCAAAUACAAGUCCCUUGGUGGCAUCGCCCGUGAGCGCCAUCAGUGCCGGCCCGGAUGAAAUGGACGAGAGGUCGCUCAUGGAGGGUCUCGUCACAGCAGAUUCCACAGACGACGACCAAGACAUGUCGGAUGGUGGUGCGGACUUGGCCAUGGCGUUUGGCCACCCAGACACGCAGUUGGACACUGAAAUGCAACAGCUGGGUGCCGACAUCACGGGCCCUGAGACCCAAUACCCAGCAGACACCCUGAAUGACGAUGGUCCUCCCGAGUCAUACCAAAGCCCAGCUCAGUAUGACGAAGAGCCUCUCGAAACUAUUCCUGUCAAUGCCACGGGUGGAAAUAAUGUGCCAGGGACACCGGGCAAUUCCAGUCUGCCAGCAGCCAUGUCCGAGGUUUCUCAGCAGUUGCAGCAUCUUCAGGAUGGUUUAGACAUUGUGGAGGUUGAGAUGGCUGCGGAUCAGCAAGCUGGAUCUUUUGCCAAUAUCAGUACUAGUACACAACCCCUUCCCUUGUCUAGUUCUCCUUUCUUCUCGCUGGUUCUCGCUCCUCAGCUUGCUCCGUUGGCAAAUCUCUCCGAUUCAACUGCUUCAUCACCAUCUUCGGGCUCGUCACAUAAUGAAAUACAAUCUCAUCAUGAGAUACAAACCGUAGGUGGUGAAGAUGCAGUGGGAUCGGAGGCUACAACUACAGCUGGAAGCAUAAAUACUACACCAGAGCUUCCAUCCACUGUGGUGCCGCUGGAUCCCUGGCUAGAUGCUGACCAGAAUGAAGUGGAAGAUCACCUUAAUCUGAACUCCGGGGAUUUCCUUUAUCAUUGGCACAUGGAUGCUGCACGUCGACCUGAGCAAUAUAACAAACGCAGAGGACCAAAUUUGAAUUCCGUCAUCCACCACAGAAACAGUUCCCACCAAUCCAUACCACCAGUACGCCGUUGUGAUCUUCGAGGUGAAGAAUGCGAUAUUCAGCGAAUCAACUGGACCGAACUUGGUGUUUUAAGAAGAGAGGCUAAAGUGGUUCGUUCCCGAUUUUACCACAAUUAUACAAAUAUGCCGAGUAGACAUCAACCAUUUGUGAGUUUCACAAAACACCAGGAAAUCCUUCAUUUUCAAUCUAACAUAUAUAGCCGCGAGAGCAAGGCAUGAUGCCAUUCGAUUCAGAGAAUUAUUUCAAAUUUCGACGAAUGGAUUUUGAUCGCAAGGUUCGGUUGUGUCAUUUUCAGCUGAGAAAUGUCAUGGCUUGUGCUUCACGUGGCCAUGUAUUUUAUGCUGGCAAGUCAAAAGUGCUACAGUGGAAUCCUUUAAGUGUUGUUAACGCACCUCUUCGGCCAUCAACUAGGGUCAUUGACUUGUCGAAUCCGACGGUCACGCCCUUGGCUUCGCAAGGGGUUGACGGUAUGCAGGUUUCAACCUUGGCUACUGCUCAUGAUGUUCUCGUUGCUGGCGGUUUUGCUGGCGAGUAUGCUUUGGUCAAUUUAAGGGCGCACAAAGAUACCAAGCAUACUGAAGGCCUGGUGGUUACCGAAGAUUCCAACGCCAUUACAAAUCAUGUUCAGGUUCACACACUACGAGGUUCUUCUCUUCCUGUGGCAGCAUUCUCAUCUAAUGACUGCGGUUUCCGUCUCUUGGACGUUAAUACCAACAAGUUCAUUUCCGAACACAAAUACGACGAGGCGUUGAAUUGCAGUGCAAUUUCGCCGGAUCAACGUCUCCGAGUAUGCGUUGGGGACACAACUGAUGUCCUAAUUACGCAUGCUGAUACUGGGGAGAUUCUACAAAGACUCCGUGGUCAUCGUGACUAUGGUUUUGCCUGCGACUGGGCAGAUGAUGGCUGGACAGUAGCAACUGGAAAUCAAGACAUGCAGGUCAAGAUAUGGGAUGCGAGAAACUGGUCUCGUCCAGUGACUUCUAUUGUGGCUGAGAUGGCUGGAGUGAGGAAGCUAAAAUUCUCACCAAUUGGCUCUGGAAAGAAAGUGUUGGUGGCGGCAGAGCCAGCAGAUAUCAUAAGCGUGAUUGAUGCUCAAACCUUUCAGACAAAACAGACGCUCAAUUUCUUUGGAGAAACAGGUGGCGUCGAUUUCACAAACGAUGGGCAGGACCUGUUUGUGGGCAUCUGUGAUAAUAUGAGGGGAGGCAUCAUGCAAUUUGAGCGAUGCGGUUUCGCUGGUGAAGCUCAGCAUCGGUGGAGAAAUGAACGUGAUGCACAAUUAUCUCCACGACGAAUGCAUAGGCAUCCAGAAGAAGAGAUGCCAAGAAAGUCGACUGGCUGGGAUUGGAUUUCUGACGAGGAUGAUAUCGUGGUUCAUCCCAAAUCCCGCGGAACCGCUGUACACCGACAGAGAAAGGCUGCUGAGCUCGGCGUUACAAUUGGUCAUUUCUAAUAUGUAAACGACAGUGGGGGAUACAUUGUACAGAUUGAGUUCUUCCCUACACGAAGAUUGAGAUAGGGAUAUUUUUUCCCCUGUCCUUUCUCACAUAUGAGAUCAUGAUAAACCAUAGCGGCGGGUUUCUCGUUUCUUUUCGUUUCUUUUUUCUUGUUUGAUGAUACCAUGGGAGGAAUUUAUGGAUGGAAGGGAGGACAUUCAUUUUUGGAGUCAUGGGUCGAAGGCAACCGGCAUAGGCGAAGGGGUGGAACUCACAUAUGGGCUGGUUUGCUACGUCUCCAUACCCGACUUUUCUUUUCUAUUCAUGAUGAAUGUUUAUUCAAUAUUCUUUUUUUUUAUUCCCUUUCCGUUUUCUGUGUUAACCUUUCAUGAUAUUUUCAAGGGGGACUGUGUCCUUGAGGGCAUCUGGACAUUGGCGUUCAAUCUAUUUAUCUAGGGGAUCCGUGCCCAGAAGGCUGGAAUCUGGAUCUGAGUGGGUAUUACCUUUUGUUGACAUUGUUGUUACUCGAUAUCGCUCGUUUGCCUGCCUGGGAGAAAUUCUUAUCGGGAUUGUGAAAAUGCUGUUUAUAGGAAAGGCUGGGCUUGGAAUCUUGGGCGAGUGGGUUGUGUGUUGGUUGGUGGGAUGGUCUUGGAAUGUAAGGGGAUGGGGUGGAUGGAGACGCAUUGACUGCGGGAUUCGCAUCUACUGCUGUACGUACGGAUGGCUGGGUGGGAAGGAGGGGCGUAAUGGGGGAUGGGAAAAGCUUACAGUAUAUGGUUGGUGUGUGUAUAUGAGACAGAAUGCAAUACGAGAUGCUUGCCCUUUGCUCUUAGGACUGU